AUGGAACCGGAGCCGACCCUUGCCGCUCUCCUCGAGGCUAUCCAUACCCUCACCAACCAAGUCGGGUCCUUACAGGCCCAAGUCACAUCCCAAGGCCAACAGCUUGCGGAGCUCAAAGCCUUAUGCAAGGAAACCAAUGACCUCGUUGGCGAUAAGGACCAAGGAGGAGCCCAAGCCAAGCCUGGCCCAUCGACUGGGCCUGUCACCCCCCCCACUCACACAGGGGGAGAAGCUCCCACUCCAGGAACGAUUAGGCCUGGGCUCAAGGCACCCUUCCGCCCAUCAAAAGGCACCGGGUUUGACUCAGAGGAAGAAGAAGAACCCCGGCGGGCUCCCAAAAAAGAGCCUCGCGACACAACUAGGAGUCUCAGCUCCCUCACACCAUUUGACACAGGGUCUUCCGUAAAAAGGCCAAAAAUGGAGCUUCCAGACCCUUAUAAAGGCGAUACAAGGGGACGUAAGGCCACUCAAUGGCUUGAUAGAAUGCUACUCUGGGUUGCCCUCCACAGGGACCAGUUUGACAAAGAGGAGCAGAUGGUCGUCUGGAUAUUAUACCACAUGACCAACAAGGCCGCCGACUGGGCACUCCCUGUAAUAGGGACAAUCAUCAAGGGAGAAGGUAACCCGCCUACCACCAUCCCAGCCUUAACGGCAAAAUUCAAGGAGGCCUUUGAUGACCCAGAUGCCAAGCGGGCCGCGGCCAGAAAAAUAGCCGCCCUCUCCCAAACCACAACCACCUCCGAGUACGUCACGGAGUUCCGCAACUUGAUGGCGGAAUUAGACUGGAACGAGGAGGCCUACAUUGCGCAGUUCACGCGAGGCCUCCAUUGGAAGGUCAAGGAACUACUGUCGACCAAGGAUAGCGUUCCUGACGAGCUCGAGGCAAUUUUCGCGGCCUCCAUUAAAAUUGAUAACAUUCGCCGCGAGAAUGAGGAGAACCGCCCUAAGAAGGCACCCGCUAAGUCCCCGGUCACCGCGACCACUUCCACCUCUACCACCACCACUAGGGUCCGCCUAUCCGAGGACCCCAACUACGUAACCCCGGAGGAAAGGGAUCGUCGCCGUGCGUCCGGCCUAUGCGUCAAAUGUGGACAGAAGGGGCACGGAAUCAAACAAUGCCCGAACGGUUGGAAAGCCACAAUUAAGGAGGUAGCCAAGGUGGCUGAGGACGAGUCGGGAAAAGAUUGA